AUGGAUCCCCCAAGACGAGAGAGCUCGUCGACCGAGCCUCAUCUUGGCGACUCCUCUGGCGCUACAUCUCCUGCCGACACGCGUCAUCCUCUUGCCCAGGCCGAAUCUGCCGUUCGACAAGAAGACACAAGCUUGACAGAGAGUUUUCAGUCAACAGACACCGUGCGGCGGAUGCCCGAUGGUUAUGGUUCGAUAAGCGGUCCCGGUGCUUCUGGCUCUGCCCAACAGUCAAAGGAAACAUCACAAGAGCGCGGCACUUCUCGUCCUACACAUCUGUCGCGUCCUUCAAGAGGCAUCGAAAGAAUGCGAUCUGCUACUCGAUUACGAAAGCCACCCAUGCCUCGACGUCCAUCGUCAAAUACGCCCUUCCGCGGUGGCGUUUUCUCGGCUGACGACGAUGUGCACGAAGUAGAGGCCGAUGCUGCGGAGCGCCAGCAGUCCUACCGUCGCAGACCUCAGCUUCCGACACAGCUAUCCCGAGUUCAAUCGCAUCCAGACGACGAAGACGAGAACGACGACACUAAUGAUGACAACGACGAGCCUACCGAAACGCCAGUUGAAGAUCAAGAGGAUGAUGAAGAGGAGCUUCCUCUCGAAGAUGAGGACGGCUCGGAUAGCGAUGUCAGCGAGGCAGAGAGCUUCACCCUUAAAGAUCGACAGCAGGCAAUCAACCAGACUCACCCUUUCGGUAUUCGUGUGUGGAAGCCAGCUUUGUAUAAGAAGGAUCGUUCAAUUCAGAAGUUCGCUCAGGCAGAUAUUCACUCUGCGCCCGGCGGCAGAGUGAGCAGCUGGCUUCUCCUCUUCAAUGUACUGUGGACGGUUUUGUUUGGUUGGUGGUUGGCUACAUUCGCAGCUCUGGGCGCCAUUGUUUGUCUGCUCUUUUCUGGUGCUCCUAGUGGGAGAGAAUAUGGCAGAAUUCUUUGGGGCCUUGCGGGAUAUCUAUUCUAUCCCUUCGGCAAGUUUGUCCGCCUGGAGAAGGAUGAGUCCUAUCUGGACGAGGAUCAAGAUGAGGGACGCAGUAUUUCGGAAUAUGAGCAAUGGCAGAGUGGAGAUCUGGAGUACGGCCGAUUGUUCUUUGGACCUGACCGCAACCGCUCAAUUGUUGGACGCUCGAGAAGAAGUAUUGAUUCAGAGCCCAGCGAGACCGAGAGCCUUCUUGGUCGUGGCCGACGUGGCGAAAGCGCUGAGCUGCCUCAAAACAAGAGACGACUUUUUGGCCGUGGCCAGUGGAAUGUUGGCCGUGUUGUCUUCUUCAUCUUCUUCUACUGUCUGAUCUCGCCCUCUCUUCUGCUCGUAUCUGGUAUUUGUUGGUUCUUGGUUUUCUGGAUCCCCAUGGGCAAGGCCACGGUCCUGCUGUUCGACCAUCUCCGACGACACCCUCUAGCAUUGUCUUUCGAGUCCGAUAUUAGAUAUAUCCGCGAAGAUGGUGGCCCAAGCUCGUCUGUUCUUCUUUGUACAUACCGUGCGGUUGGAUCCAAAUACUGGAAGUAUACCGUUGACGGAACCAACAUUUUCCUUAUCAACCUGAUGGUCGUUGUCUUCUUCGUCAUCAUCGACUGGCUCGUGCUUGACGGUGUUUUCCACUUCGAAGGCUUCCUCACGGCUCCUGCGUUUCUCUUUUGCGCUGGGCUCCUGUCCAUUAUACCCCUGGCCUACUUCAUUGGACAAGCUGUUGCCUCUAUCUCGGCCCAGUCUUCCAUGGGCGUGGGCGCUGCCAUCAACGCCUUUUUCGCAACUGUCGUUGAGGUGUUCCUCUACUGUGUCGCUCUCAAAGAGGGUAAAGGCCAGCUAGUUGAGGGAAGUAUUGUUGGCAGUAUCUUCGCUGGUAUUCUGUUCUUACCAGGCAUUUCCAUGUGCUUUGGUGCCAUCAAGCGAAAGACCCAGCGCUUCAAUGCUCGAUCCGCUGGUGUGACAUCAACAAUGUUGCUUUUUGCUAUAGUUGGAGCCUUUGGCCCAACUUUAUUUUAUCAGAUUUAUGGAAGUCACGAGCUUAACUGUAUGGACUGUGAAGACUACAGCUCCGGCGAGAACAGAGACUGCCGCCGGUGCUACUUCAGUCAGUCACCUUCACUUAACGACCGGUUCUACUUAGAAGCUGUGCGUCCCUACUGUUACAUGGCAGCUAGCUUGUUGUUCUUAUCGUACUUGAUCGGUCUAUGGUUCACUCUCCGAACCCACGCAGCCGUCAUUUGGAACGCCGAGGUUGACGAGAAGCGACACGAGGACCACAUGCAUUCAUCGAGUCUCCGAACCUCUCAGGUUCACACGCAUGCCCACGCGCCAGCAACCGCCGAGACCAGUGGUACUGAUGUGCGGGACUCUCAGCUUUACAAGCGUAUUUUGGGCCAGUCUCUGAAGCAGACCGGGAUUGGGGAACUUUCCCGGCAAAGCUCUACAGUUGGGCAAACACCCGCACCUAACGGCUCAGCUUCAACUCUUCAUGUUGUCCCUCCCAAAUCUAGUGGUGGUGAGCCAUCUCGCACUGUCCUCGGCGUUCCUGGCCUCAGUGACGCAGACAACAAGAUUCUGGUUCGUGAGGUAGCAGAGAUUGCUGCCGCUGCUGCUACAAUUGCGUCACGCGAAAGGAUGGGGCGAAAGCCUUCUGUUCUACCUACUGCCCACGCUUCAGCCACUCGUCCCAGUGCAAGUCGUACGCAUACCCACGUUGACGGCGCCGAGACCGAAGGUGCUGCUACCGAAGCUCACCAAGCUCACGGUGGCCAUGAUGCGCCCAACUGGAGCCGAGCCAAGAGUGCUAUCAUUCUUCUCGGGGCUACCAUUCUGUAUGCCAUCAUUGCUGAAAUUCUGGUCGAUACCGUGGACGUUGUUCUCGAGAACUUUGCGAUUGAUCAAAAGUUCCUUGGUAUCACCCUGUUCGCCCUUGUACCCAACACGACUGAGUUUUUGAACGCCAUCUCCUUCGCCAUGAACGGAAAUAUUGCACUGUCCAUGGAGAUUGGUUCAGCUUACGCGCUGCAAGUGUGUCUGCUCCAGAUUCCCGCGCUCGUCUUUUACUCGGCCUUCUGGCCAGGUGUUCCUGAGGGUGGUGAUGCAGCACUGUACACUUUCUCUCUCCUUUUCCCUCAGUGGGAUCUUGUCACGGUUAUCCUGUGUGUGUUCCUGCUGAGCUAUAUGUAUGGUGAAGGAAAGAGUAACUACUUCAAGGGCAGCAUUCUCAUGCUGACUUAUCUGGUUGUUAUCAUUGGCUACUACUUCAGUGGCUAUACGUAUGAGGCUAUGGGUAUGCAGCGAUUUGAUACGAUGGGAGCAAAUGGCCAAUACCAGAGCUACAAGACGAUUGGCCGAUCGACGAAGGGAAUGGCGUACCCGGUUUGA